UAAGUGAAUGCAGACAGACAAUGUGUCGGAAGGAACUGCAGGUGCUGGUUUAAACCGAAGAUAGACACAAAAUGCUGGAGUAUCUCAGCGGGACAGGCAGCAUCUCUGGAAAGAUGCAAUGGGUGACGUUUCUGGUCGAGACCCUCCUUCAGACUGAGAGUCAGGGGAGAGGGAAUCGAGGGAUAUAUACGGUGACGUGGGGAGAAAUACAACAAAUGGAUGAAAGAUAUGCAAAAAAGUAAUGAUGAUAAAGGUGAUACAGAUAAAAAUGAAUGGGUAAUGUUACCUAUCCCGCGUUCUUGCUGCUCUGUGUUACCGCAAGUCCCUGAGUGUGGUUACUGAGGAGGGGGGUAUUCCUGUAGCAGGUGCCAGGGCGAUUUUAUUAUUAUUUUUUGGCAAGGAUUUGAAUACGUUUCGAGGCUGUUUGAAUAUCGCCCAAUAGCCGGGCUGUAGGGGAGGAACCGGGCGAAAGACUGAACUUACAGCGAGUUAAAAUUGUUUAUCAUGUGGGAAGCAAAGGGGGCAGUUUGUGCAUUGAGAGGCAAAAUUACUGGCGUGGACAUACACACACACACACGCACACACAGGGAGAGAGGGAGAGAUUGAGAUGCGAAACCUUGUUGGUGCAAAAUCUCUCCACAUCCACUGCAAUUGUGCAAAGCAUAAAUGAGGCGUUGGAGGAAGAAUUGAGAAGUUGGGAUAGUUUGUGUGUGUGUGUGCCAGGUCCCAGUGCUACUGCUGGGAGGGAGACAGCGAGCUCCGGGAACGAAAUCCAAAUGCUGCGCUAAUUGCAAUUGUGUGCAGAAAGAAGUAUGUUUGCCCCGGUUGUUCAGCGCAGGGAGGCAACUCAUGGGAUGUAGUCGCAGUCUACACCUCGCUUCUCUCCGGGCUCAGACCAAGGCGCCGCUGCUGCUGCUGACCAUGAUCACGGUCUUCACCUAUUUCGUCUACUGUCUGUCGGGCUGCAGCAGCGACGGAGCUGCCGCCGGGGCAACGAUGCCCGUGUUGUACAGCCAGCGCCGGGCACCCACUGCGCUGCUGCCCGCUCAUGUCACAGCGGCAGCGGCAGCGGCUACAGACACGGGACGGGAGCGGCGCAGCCCCCAGCCCGCAGCGAGGAACAUCUCAACCUCCAACAACUUCGGGAUUAAAAAGUUCCCCCAAGCCAUCAUCAUCGGGGUGAAGAAAGGAGGCACCCGCGCCCUGCUGGAGUUCCUGCGGAUCCACCCCGAGGUCAGAGCCGUGGGAGCGGAGCCUCACUUCUUCGACAGGAACUACGACAGGGGUCUGGAGUGGUACAGGAACCUCAUGCCGCGGACUCUGGAAGGACAGAUCACCAUGGAGAAAACGCCCAGUUACUUUGUCACCAAAGAGGCCCCGAAGCGCAUCUCCUCCAUGUCGAGGAACACCAAGCUGAUCGUGGUGGUAAGGAACCCGGCCACCAGGGCCAUCUCGGAUUACACCCAGACCCUGUCCAAGAACCCGGCGGUCCCCAGCUUUCAGGCGCUGACCUUUAAAAACGUCAGCACGGGUCUGAUCGACACCACGUGGAGCGCGGUCCGCAUCGGCAUCUACGCCAAGCACCUGGAGAACUGGCUGCAGUAUUUCCCCCUCUCCAAGAUCCUCUUUGUGAGCGGGGAGAGGCUCGUUAGCGACCCGGCCGGAGAGAUGGGCCGGGUGCAGGAUUUCCUGGGCCUUAAGAGGGUCGUUACUGACAAGCAUUUCUAUUUUAACGAGACCAAGGGCUUUCCCUGUCUGAAGAAACCCGAGGGCAGCAGCAAACCACGUUGCCUGGGCAAAUCAAAGGGAAGGACUCACCCGAACAUAGAUAUGGAUGUUGUCCUCCGGCUUAAAGAAUUCUACAGGCCAUUUAAUCAGAAGUUCUACCAGAUGACGGGCCAGGACUUUGGCUGGGAGUGAAAUACAUUAUACUUAGCACAAACAACUGGCAAUUAACUGCAUGUAGAGCAACUGAGUUCGUUCAUGUUAACCUAUUCUCAGCACUCGGUUUCUCUGGGAAUUUGUAAAGAUUCAGUCUCACUUGCCUCAAUUUUUGCGAGAGUUCACGAAAUCCUUUUUACAGGUUUUUUUAUGCCGAACUUUAUUAAUAAAAAGACGUUACAUGACAAACCAAGGAAUAAUACUCAGAGGGGAACAAAAUUCUAAAGUGCUACUUUCAUAUUUGGUAUUGAAAAUGAACUGCAAGAUCUUACCGGUCCAGAAAUGCUGAAUAUUAAGGAUAAUCUUUAGAGGUUGCAAGAGUUUUAAAAUGAAUGACGUCGCUAGGCGUCUCUCUGAAGUAUCCUGGAUCUACUCUUAGGAAUCGCAGAUGCUAGUUUACACCAAAGAUAGACGCAAAAUGCUGGAGCAACUCAGCGGGACAGGCAGCAUCUCUGGAGAGAAGGAAUGGGUGACGUUUCGGGUCGAGACUCUGUCUUACUGCCUCAAUGCACUACUGCUAUACACUUGAACUGAACUGUAUACAAAGACGAGACGUUACCCAUUCGUUCUCUCCAGAGAUGCUGCCGGUCCCGCUGAGUUACUCCAGCAUUUUGUGUCUACCUUAGCAGCUAUCGUGUUGUCCAAGGCAUUUGACAUUCAUUUUGAAGUUAACCACUGACCCCUACAAAUGAAACCAUUCUGAAUCUGAAUCAUAAAAUUAACUUAAUUAAACGCAGAAGGAUACAAUAAGUUGGAUUCACUGUUUGUUUUGCAAGUGAAAAUAUCCUGUCCUUUUUUCCACAUUUUUGGUUGAGGAGACUGCUCUGUUUUUUUUUAAUCCUUUAAUAUAUAUGAUUUUUCCAAGUGUUAUUCUGUCAAAGAUUACAUUCAAUACUGCAAACAAUGAGAAAGAUGUAGAAAAUCGACAGAAUUUGUCAGUCAGCAAAUUAAUUUACUUGUUCAUGUUUGAAUGCCUUGGAAGCAGAUUUACAGGCAGUAGUAAAAAUGUCAAAACAAGGAACUGCAGAUGCUGGUUCAUACCAAAAAAAAAAGACACAAAAUGCUGGAGUAACUCCGAGAUACUGCCAGGCCCUUUUGGUUCCUCCACCAUUUUGUGUCUUUCUUUUGGGUAAUAAUAUGAGGGCAUCUACAGUUGCAGUGGUUUGGAAUGGACAAAAGUGCCAUCAAAAAUUGUAGUUCUGGAACCUUAACUUGGAAAACAAAAUCACGCACCUGAUUUAAAUUGACCCAAAUCUGUAGGUUUAGAGACACAGCAUGGAAACAGGCCCUUCGGCCCACCAAGUUCAUACCAACCAUCGAUCAACCCGUUCAAAGUAGUUCUAUGCUAUCCCACUUUCACAUGCCUACACACAAGAUACAAUUUUACAGAGGCCGUUCGGCCUACAAACAUUGACGUCUUUGGGAUGUAGGAGGGAACUGCUAUAGAAGCAACAGGAAACUCCCAAGAAGAGUGAUUUGAUUUUGCUGCAAUCUUUUCUUCCCCAUAAAUCUUAUCUGAUGCCUACACAUCAUUCCGUGGGACCAAAAUGAUAGAUGACUGAUCCGUCUCCUAUUAGUGAAUCUGGCAACACUUCCACCUCAAGUCUAUUAUUUUGGAUAAGAUCAAGUCGCUAGACAAUAGACAAUAGGUGCAGGAGUAGGCCACUCGGCCCUUCCAGCCAUUCGGCCCUUCGUCAAGUUCUGUACUUACAGUUGGCUCAUCAUCAGAUAUGGAAAAGGUGCCUUCCUGAUAUCAAAUGUAAAAUGCAUGGGAAGGAACUACAGACGCUAGUUUAUACUGAAAAUAGACACAAAAUGUUGACGUCACCCAUCGGGUAAGGCAGCAUCUGUGGAGAAAAGGAAAAGGUGACGUUUCAGGUCGGAAUCAUUCUUUAGACCCGAAGAAUCUUCCGUCUGAAGAAGACGUCACCUACUCCUUUUCUCCAGAAUACUGCUGUCUGCCCCGCUGAUUUACUCCCAACAGUUUGUGUCUACUAUUUAAAAUGUCUGGUUUGUCAGAAAGUUGAGCGUUCCCCAAAGUGAGGACCUCACAGGUCAUGACCUGGCAUUGAAAGUCAUCACCAAUUUAAAAUUACUUUGGGAAACCCGUUUAAUGACGCGGCACGGUGGCGCAGCGGGAGAGUUGCUGCCUCUCAGCGCCAGAGACCCAGGUUCAAUCCUGACUACGGGUGCUGUCUGUACAGAGUUUGUACGUUCUCCCAGUGACCUGUGUGGGUUUCCCCCGGGUGCUCUGGUUUCCUCCCACACUCCAAAGACGUGCAGGUUUGUAGGUUAAUUGGCUUUGGUAAAAUUGUAAAUUGUCCCUGGUGUGUGUAGGAUAGUGUUAGUGUGCGGGGAUCGCUGGUCGGCACGGACUCGGUGGGCCGAAGGGCCUGUUUCCACGCUGUAUCUCUAAACAAAAUUGAUCCUUGAGUCACUUCUAUCACGUCGAUGCUGAAAAUGUUUGUCCUCUCUGUCUGGAUUUCAUGCUUUAAAAUGUUAAUUUACAUUGAUAUGUUUUAAUGUUGUAUUCAUAAUGUAUAGUUAAGAGUAACUAAUAUAAUUUCUUUCAACUAAAGUUAUGUAUGUUUUGCAACAUGCUUACUACUUACGUUUUUGUGGAGUUGCGUUAUUUUAGUACAUUUCACUUAACACGGAAACUGUAUACGGUAAUUAUUUCUGAUGGACAUAAUUAACUGAAAUCAUUGGUCUCCAUCAUGUAUAAAACAAUAUUAUUUUAAGUAAUAUUUCAUCAUUGAAAUGCUAUAUUCAGUGACAAAAAUCAUUCUUGUUUCUAUAAACAAAACAUAUUUUCUAUCAAUUGGUUUCU